UAUCUUGAUGAAUAAACCAAAACAGAUUUUUGGUUGGCAGGAACACAAGGCUGAAACCCCAUUGAAACGCUGAAAUCCCAUUGAAACGUGUUCUUCUUCCAAAGGCAAUCCAGUGGACCACCUCAGGAUCAUGGAACAGGAAGAGCAAGAGACCGUGAACCGCCAUGUUGGGUGGAACUCUGUGGACAGCAUCUCUAACAGGCAUGAGCUGCAGAGACCAAGAGAUAGUACGUGUGACGGCGUUUUAGUUUUUAUCACUAUGGGCCUGUUCCUCACACUGAUUUACAUGUUUGGCGGGCCGGCCAUCAGUUACCUGAGUGGAGACAUCAUAUAUUAUCUGUUCCCGCCAGCACUGGCUCUCGAAUGUUCUCUGGAUAUGCACACAGUAAACCCUCUCAUGAAAGUGACCAGCGACCACACUUUUGCUGUCCGGGUGUCAUCAGAUCAGCAUUAUCCCUCCCACCCCUCACGUUUCGAUGACAUCCCCCAGGCCCUGACCACGGAGUGCGUCUCCACUGGGAAACACAGCUGGUUAGUGGAGGUGCAAGGCCACUGGGACAUUGGCAUGGCCUACAAAAACAUCAGCAGGAAAGGAACAUAUGGCGUACGACUGGGAACUAACAAAGAGUCUUGGAGCAUCCGACACAACAAGAUGGGCCACGUUCUUGCUCUCCACAACAAUGAACGCAGGAAGAUCGAAACCUCCCUGGAUAUCUCUAUGAUACAGAAAAUAGCAGUCACUGUUGAUUUUGAGAGGGGGACUAUCAGUUUUGCUAGGAAGGGAAUUAGGUUGGAGAGUCUCUAUGGUUUCAAAGCCUCCUUUGAUCAGCCAGUUUGUCUUGGAUUUGGCCUGUACAGUCUGACGCCUCAAAGUACAGCCUCUAUUGUCAAAACUUAUGAAAAGUAGCAGAUUGGAUUUUACAUUUUUAUCGACCUUAUUACUGAAGUAGUGCUAGAAAUUCACACUGAUUUAUGCAUUUGAUUUUUUCCUUUUAUAAUUUAUAAUCCGUUUCAAAUAUUGGUUAAGAAAUUGCUAGAAUUAAUCCUCUCACAUCAAAACUUUCAUUCCAUUUUGAAGGUAACUGAGACGUUGAUUGAACGACUAUAUUUUUAGAUUUGUUACUUACAUUUUCCCCACUUGAUCCCAGUUAAAUCCUGAAAUAAAACAUUUAUAUUUGUG